CGUGUAAUAAAGCAAAAACUUGUACGUCGCCUAUUUGCAUCGCGAUCUCCGCGCCCCUCGGACAACUUGGGUUUGAUAUUUGGAGAAAUUUUUGAAUCAAGAAAAAUAAUAUGCGGUGAUUGUGGGCCCGGAAAACGAAGACGACGACGACGACAAUAUUAAUUAAUGAUCAAAUUAUUAUUAUUAUCAUAAUAUGAUAGAGCAAUAUUAUUAUCACAUUUUCAGAGUUGUAAUCGGUCAGUAAUGCGCAUUAACAUCAGGUAUUAUUAUUACUAUUAAUAUUAUCAUGGUUUAUUGUUAUCGCCUAUUUCCGUAAUACCUUUUGAUGUAAAGAAACGUUUUAUUAUUUCAACAAUUUUAUAAUGAAAUGUAUAAUUCAAUUAAUGCAGCUAACACGAAUGGUGCCCUUGAUCGGCCGGUACACUCUUCCGACGUCAUUUUCUCUAAAUCCGACGGUGUGUGCGUUUAUUCGAAAGUGAUUAUCAUAAAUUUAGUGUCGUCCAAUUGUAAUAACAAUUAUCAUAAAAUGAAAAGAAAAUAGACUGUUCCAUGUUCGUAUUGGAUGAUUGAUUUGUCGUUUUUCAUAUUCAUCAUUAGGUAUUUCCUUUACAAUAAAAACCCCCUUGCGCUGCGGGUAUUUUUUUGUUUUUGUCUACAUGAGUAGCAGCGAUGUCCACGCAAGAAAAGUUUACGGCUGCUAUAAACGUCAUUAGGAGUUUACCAAAAAAUGGUGCAUACCAACCAUCCAAGGAUCUCCUGCUUCGUUUUUAUGCAUAUUUCAAACAAGCAACAAUAGGACCUAACAAUCAGCCCAAACCCAGCUUUUGGGAUGUUGUUAAUCGAGCAAAAUGGCAAGCCUGGUAUAGUUUAGGAGAUAUGUCAAAAGAGAAAGCAAUGCAAGAAUAUGUUGAUGAGUUAAAAAAGAUUGUAGAAACUAUGGCUUAUACAAAUCCUGUGGCUGAUUUUGUGUCUAGCUUGGAUUCAUUUUAUGAAUCAGUUUCCAUUGAUGACUUAGAAAUGGUAGUUGGUCCAAUUGAACGAGGCAAUUUAAUAGAAAAAAAUAGUAGCAGUUUAAUUUCAAUAAAUGAGCAUCAAGAUAUAGCAGACACAGAAAUAGAUGAAGAAUGUUUCCAUGAUGUAUUGGAAGUAAACAAUUUGGCAAGUGGAGAGCGUUUGAUCAAUGUUCAAACGGUUAAUCAAUAUUUAAGUUCCAGUGACUAUAUUGAAGAUUUUGUAUCCGACAAUUGCAUUCCAAUAUCUCAACAAAAUGGGAAUAGUAUGAUACAGUUACAAUGUGCAAAUGACUUUUUAGAUGAAUUUAAAUUACAAAUAAGAAAUACGGUAUCUACUAUGAAGUAUGAUCUGGAUAUUAUAACUAAUAGAGUUGUUAAAAUAGAACUGAAAUUAGACGAGAUUAAAAAAACAAGAGAACGAAAACAUUAUCAAGCUUUAUACUUUAAUUUAUUCCAGAUUGUAGUCCUACUUGGUUGGCCCAUUAUUGUUCAGCUAAUAUUCAAUUGGUUCAAAAGGCAAAAUAGACGAAAAGCCUUAAACGUAAAAACUUUGUGAUAUUAUAUUAGAAUUGAAAUUUUAUAUUUGAUCUAUUGUAUCAUUUUCAGCUUAAAAAUGAUAGAAGCUUAGUGAUAUCUUUAAACUAUUGUUUACAUUAAGUAAUUAUAUUCUCUUGGGUUUAAAAAAAUUUGUUUUAUCUAAAAACAAUUGCCUUAA